AAAAACUAAUUUCCGCGUUAAGCAAAAGCUUUUCGGGCAUUCAACGGCAGGCACCUUCCUUUUUAUCGAUUUAUCCCCUUCACUUUCAACUCUCAUCAUUUAAUUCAAUUCAAGGAGAGAGAAACCCCCAAUUCAAUUUCAUUCUCUGCAAUUUUGAGUGUUAUCAAUCGAAGAAUUUCAAAACGGCGUGAUUCUUUUGAUCUGCUGCUGAACAUAACAAAUCCAUCAACAUGAGUUUCAUCUUCGGCAAACGGAAAACCCCAGCAGAACUUCUGCGAGAGAACAAGAGAAUGCUGGAUAAGUCGAUACGAGAAAUCGAAAGAGAGAGACAGGGUUUACAAACUCAAGAGAAGAAAUUAAUUGCUGAAAUCAAGAAAAGUGCUAAGCAAGGACAAAUGGGAGCUGUCAGAGUCAUGGCGAAAGAUCUGAUUAGAACGCGGCAUCAGGUUGAGAAGUUCUACAAGCUUAAAUCGCAGCUUCAGGGUGUUUCGUUGAGGAUCCAGACAUUGAAAUCUACACAAGCCAUGGGAGAAGCAAUGAAGGGAGUUACAAAGGCCAUGGGUCAAAUGAAUAGGCAGAUGAACCUUCCAUCACUUCAGAAAAUAAUGCAAGAUUUUGAGAGGCAAAACGAAAGGAUGGAGCUCACCAGUGAAGUCAUGGGAGAUGCUAUUGAUGAUGCUUUGGAGGGAGAUGAAGAGGAGGAUGAAACAGACGAGCUUGUUAACCAGGUUCUUGAUGAAAUCGGUAUUGAUGUCAACCAAGAGCUUGUGAACGCACCAUCAGGUGCGGUAGCUACACCUGCAGCUAAGGGCAAGGUUCCACAGGCUGAAGCAACUACUGGUAAUGACGAUGGUGGAAUUGAUGACGACUUACAGGCAAGGUUGGAUAAUUUGAGACGAAUGUAGAGUCUCCUCUGUCCACAUUACUUCACACUUUGAACAAGAGUGCUCAAUAUAUUAUUGAAUGUCUAUUCUGUGCAAAAUUUUCUGCUUAACAUUUGUUGAAAUGCCAGCUGACUUUAUUUUGAUUGUACAUAUAAUAAGGACUAAGAAUGAUUUACUUACAAAUGCAGUUUCUCUUAGAUCUUUACUUCAUAUGAAUAUAAUUUUGCCCAUGUAUUCUCAUGUCCUUCGACAUUUCCCCGACUAUAUGGAAUGUUUAUUACUUUUCUGUUUGUA